UGCGGGUCCGGUGGUGAGGGUGGGUCGGCGGGAUGACGGCGGCGCGCGGGCCCUGAAGCAUGUCGCAGCAACCCCACGCGCUCCCCUGGAGCCUCCACUACCAGUACAGGGAGUGCGGCGGGUCGCUGGCGCCGUGCCGGGAGUCGUUCUACGAGCACGCACACACGCACGCGCCCCCGCAUCUGUACCGGACGCACACGCACGCGCCGCCCGACGGACAGACCCAGCCUCACGCGUGCAAGAGUGACAGCGAGGAGACCAGGCUGGACUACAGAGAUCAGUACCUACACAGAUGCGGCAUCCCGUUCAGUAAAUGUAAUGAGGACGAGGAGGCGAGGGAGGAGCCGGUCUCCAGCUCCGAGCCCCACCACCGCUGGGACGAGAAGCUAGUGAGCAGCUCGCUGUGUGCGACGCCGCUCGCCGUGUCGAGCCGGACCGACCCCGCCAGCCCGCAGCACGUCACCACUACACAUUCAGGCGGGCGGCGCGGCUCGCUGCAGCUGUGGCAGUUUCUGGUGUCUCUGCUGGCGGAGGGCGCGCGCUGCGUGGCCUGGACCGGCCGCGGGCUCGAGUUCAAGCUGCACGAGCCGGAGGAGGUGGCGCGGCGCUGGGGCGCACAGAAGAACCGGCCCGCCAUGAACUACGACAAGCUGUCCCGCUCGCUGCGGUACUACUACGAGAAGGGGAUCAUGCAGAAAGUAGCAGGCGAGCGGUACGUGUACAAGUUCGUGUGCGACCCGGAGGCGCUGUUCAGCAUGGCGGGGGGCCGGCUGCCGCCCCCCUACCCGCACCGCUACUACCACCCCCUCGACCAGCUGCCGCACUACGACGUCUAGC